CUAAAGUCGCUCCAAAGCCUCUUUGCUGGACGGACCGAUUGCGCUUGAGGGGUAUCGUCCAGUGAGCAGUGCUUUCCCCUCGCACACCCCCUUCAGCCCUACCCGGUGCUUGCGUGGUGUACCUUCGACAUCUGUCCCAAUGUCCCAAUGGAGUGCGAACCUGGCCACGCUGGGAAAUAACCGUGGCUCGACAUGCAUCCACGUCGCCGUCGCCGAAGCCGAACGGUCACGAUGCAGGAGAAGCUGCGCGGGAUCUCGAUGGAAGGAAGGAAGUUCAAGGUCAACUCGUGGCGGCUCAGUCGCAACUGUACGAGAUGCGUUCUGGGCCCUAGCCUGGGGCAGCCGGACGAUCACGGGCAACGUCCCAAGUGCUUCAAUGUCUGGUCCUGCAAUGAGGGGGUCUUUCUUGUCGCAGUUCUUGCGCAUUUCUAAUGCGGCCAUCAUUUCCCGUGGAUGUAUCGUUCCUAUUCAUGUCAUCCGAUAUCAAAUCUCCACCGUAGUCGGUACUGAGGCCGAAAUUCAGUGUCGGCCGCGUUUACAAACUUUGCCCCUGAAGGAGCCUAUUUGGAGGUAUCGCUCAAAGGCGAUGGUGCGAGCUCCGUAAUUUGUCAUUUGUGCUGUUUAUAGUAUUUCAUUAUUUCAGUAUCAUUCUAUUUGCUUCUGUCUGGUCCUGCGUCGGCCGAGGGUCUUGC